GUGGGUUGUGUGACUAGACGUCGUCGGUGGCCCGCAAGGUGUCUACUCUACCGUACUCUACUCUACUCUACAUACCCGUGCAACCAUGGGGGACCCUGGACAGCCUACGCUUCUAACUAGCGCAGUAUCAAGAGGAACGCGAGUAGUUGCGUAGUUGCGUAUCGUACCUAUGUGGGAUGAAGACUGAAGACAGUAUAUAUAGUGGGGCUCGUCGGCGGGUUACAGUACAGCUUCAUCACCAGCAACAACAGAGCAGAACAACCAGAGCAAUUCCACAUAGCAAGCAAGCAACCGAUCACUCAAUCCCGCCAUCACAAUGUCUCACGAUCACGCCCACUCGCACUCGCACCCCCCCUCCCCCUCCGCCGCCUCCGCCGCCGCCAUCGUAGAGACAAACAAAACCUUCUUCAACAACCUAGCCUCGCACCCCUCACCGCACUCGCACAGCCACUCACACACUCAAGUAGCGUCGCACAUCGCCAGCAGCAUCCUCUCUUCGCCCACUCUCAUCCCCCUAUCCGAGAGCUCCACGCGCCUUCUCGACUACGCCUGCGGCACGGGCAGCGUCUCGCGCCUUUUGCUACCGCACGUCGCCUCCCUCGUCGGCGCCGACGUCUCCUCCGGCGCCGUGGGCGAGUUCAAUUUCGCGGCGCGAAAUCAGGGGCUCGAGGAGGGAGAGAUGAGAGCCGUCGUCGCGGAUCUGGUGACUGGUGAGGGGGAUGUCGUCGCUGUGGGCGGGGAGUAUGACGUCGCACUCUGCUCCCUCGCACUGCAUCAUAUGCCGGAUCCCCUGGCGGCUACGAAGGCGAUUGCGCGGGUGCUGAAGCACGGAGGAGUGUUUGUCUGUGUGGAUUUUAGGCAGCAUGAGAAGAUUGCGGAGGGGUGGGGGGAUAUUGUCCCGCAUUUGGGGUUUGGGGAGGGGCAGGUUAGGAGCUGGUUCAAAGAGGCGGGGCUGGGCGAGCCGGUUUUUGUACCCGUCGGCGCGAAUGGGAAGGGCGUGACCCUUGUGAAUAGAGGUCUGGAUGGGGGGGAGUUGAAGGUUAGGAGGGAGGUGUUUAUGGCGGUUGGGAAGAAGCUCUAGGGGCGAGGAGAGAACGUGGUUUUGUUUGUUUUUGGUUUUGUCUCGUCGUUUUGUAUUCGACCGUGUUGAUGGCAGAGGAGGUGUAGGAGUGCUGGAUGAGAUUUCAUGUCUGUAGUAAUUGAGAACUGUUAUAUUUCGAGA